AUGCCAGUUAGUAUCAUUUUUACCAAGAUCAACGAAUUUAGAGCAGAAGAAGAGGCGAACAAAAUCAAAACACUUCAAGGGCGAUUGCUCGAUUGCAAUAAGGUAGUGGAUAUGAUGAAUACGAAUUCGGAACUGCGUGAAAUUGAGGAUGAAGUGAAUGAGUUGCGUCAGCAAAACACAGCAGCAGAAGAGAGCUAUAAUGAGCUUCUCGAGGAACGACAUGCAAAGGAAGAGGCAAUCCGAGAGUUGGAGAAAGAAAUUGAGGAAGAGAAAGCUCGAAAUCUUGCUGCAGUCCAAUCUAUGGACCCAUCAGUUCGUGAAUCUUAUGAGGAAAUGAAUAGGGAAAACGAAGAGCUUCUGGAGGAGUAUCGGCUAAAGCAAGACCAGCUUAAUGAGUUGAACAGGAAGAAGGGAGAGCUGGAGGACGAUCUUGCCAGGUCGCCACUAAAACAGCAAGCCAUGAUGCUUCAUGAACGUUUGACAGAGCUGGAAGCUAAAAAGUUAACAAUCACCAAUGAGAUUAAUGCUGAAGGUACUCCGGAUGAACAGCGCGAGCGGCUCCUGCAAACAGUAAUUCGUACGACCGGCGAAAUCAAUGCGAUCCAGAAACAGUGA